AUGAUAGCUGCAGACUACUUAGCGAACCUCGGAAUUGACUUUCUGGUGGUCAGUGUCCGUGUUGGUCGCGGAUCCGUGUUGAAUGAUUCUCUCGGCCCCACGGCUGGUUUUCUGUCCCGAACGGGCGCUCGGGGUCCGAGGAGAAGUGUGGCUAGAGCGGACGAUGAUGACGUCCUACCAACUGCCGCCUGCAUCACCCUCACUGAGCUUAAUUGCGAGUGGCCGCUUGGAGUUUCAGUUGUUGGAGAGGACGGGCCCUGCGAGAGCUACGUUGCCCAAAGCAGAAUAGGAGAGAGUUCCACAGGUGGUGUGGUCUGGUUCACGGCGCAUGAAUUGAGAGACGGUCGACUAAGCCGUCAGAUUGAUGAGGGACGAUGGAUGGAUGCAUCGCCAUCGGAUGAUGCAGUAGCAGAUGCUCUAGCGCCAGAUUUGCCUCUUUCUGGAAGCUUGCCUAUGCAGGACAAUCACAUCGUCAGCCCCAGCUGCAGUACGACCAUUGUCGUCACAGCCGAAUGCGACCUCUUCCGUCUUCCAUCGGAUAGGGGAAGGGAGAGAGAGAGAGAAGGCAGACAGAAGAACUACGGAGAGCAUCCGAUUACCGACCACCACCACCACUUUCAUCUCCCUAGCACUAAAUAUUCAUCCCAACUUGGUAUAUAG